AUGAGGAACCCUGCACCCUGUGCCCUCCUCCUCCUGUUGGUGGCAUUGGCCCUGACCCAGUAUUGUGCAGGCUCACACUGGCUGCAGACUUUCAACAUUAUGAUUUUGGAGUAUGGCAUUUGGGAACCCCGGUUCAUCCAGGUCGGCUAUGUAGACUCUAUACAGUUCCAGGGAUUCGACAGCAAAGGAGGGACUGCAAGGAUGCAACCUCGGGCUGCUUGGAUGGGGCAGGAGCCACCUGAAUAUUGGGAGAAGGAGACAGAAGAAGCCUUGCUUUUGUCAGAGAGAGAUCGACAACUUCUUAGGAUCAUGAAGCAUCAUAGUGACCAGAGGCUGAAUGGGGGUGGGGCAGAUUAUCACACCCUGCAGGAAGUGUUUGGCUGCAAUGUGGCAAAUGAUGGACGCUUCCUCCGUGGUCACUACCGGCUUGCAUACUAUGGCUAUGAUUACAUCAUCCUGAAUGAGAACCUGAGCUCUUGGACAGCAGAGGGCAAGGCAGUUAAAAACCUCUUGAACUCCUGGGAGGCCGAGGCAGAACGUUGGAGGACUUACCUGCAAGAGGACUGCAUGGAAAGGCUUCUAAGAUGCCUGGACCUUGGAAAGGAGACUUUGCUGCGCUCUGAGGCCCCCCAAACACUUGUGACCCACCGAGUAAGACCUGAAGGCAAUGUCACCCUGAGGUGCUGGGCCCUGGGCUUCUACCCAGCUGACAUCACCCUGAUCUGGCAGAGGGAUGGGAACAACCACACCCAGGACAUGGAGCUGCCAGACACCAGGCCUGCAGGGGAUGGAACCUUCCAGAAGUGGGCAGCUGUGGUGGUUCCUUCUGGAGAAGAGCUGAGAUACACCUGUCAUGUGCACCAUGAAGGCUUACCUGAGCCUCUCACUCUGAAAUGGGAGCCUCCUGCACCAAGGAUCCCCAUCAUGGAAAUUCUUAUUGGCCUGGUUCUUGGAACUUUGGUGGUGGGAACUGUGGUGAUUUUUCUGGUGUGGAAGAAAUAA